AUGGUGUUUUGGGAAGAAAGACAGAAGACGAAUUUGGUUCGAGUAGUAAGGUUCACAGGUCAGUACUUUUUAUGUAGAACCAACACGACUAACGUAGAAACAAGAGGGCUGUGAUCGCGAUAAACCUUUAUUUCUGUCAGCGAUGCUGUUACCUGACUCAGAUAGGGAGUAAUCAGAACUAAGCCGGUUUCCUGGAAAAAUCUUGAGACGAAUACUCUUGAAUUUGGGAAGCGACUCUUAACAAAAUAAACGAUUGAAUGAAUAUUUUCAUUUAAAAAGCGUCAGUGCAGUGAGAUGCAUAUGAUUGGCAUUAUCAUCAAGACACAGGACUCAUUCGUAUUUGCCGUUGGUUCGUUUGGUACCGCGAUGCACUUGAAGAAUCUUUAAAGUAAAUAGUGAUCACUCAAUAUCAGUAAACUGAAAUAUACGGCUUACAAAUGUAAAUGCAGCUUAGUGCUAAGAACAAAGUUCAAUACAAUAUCUAUCUAAGUGUUUUUGUUGUGCGAUAGAACUUGACAUAUUCUGGCCAUUUCAAUUUGAUUGAUGACUGGAUUAAGGCAAGUUUAUGAAGGUCAAAACGCGUUGUACAAUAAUUUAUUGGUAAUCUUCUGACAUUAGUGUACAUGCAGCAUCCAUAUACAUAGCAACAACAGAUGCAAAUUCGUUGGUGUGUUAUGAAUGCCAUCGAAUUAAAAAGUGGCUAAGGGCUGAAGAUUUAGUAUACUAGGACAGCGGUAUCGCUUUUAGGACAAGUUUAUCAAGGAACUUUGCGAGCAAAGAGUGAAGAAUCGUGUUAACGUUAGCUUAACUUUCUAACCGCCGGUCUAUCUGCAUCUUUCCGUUUAAACAUAAAGAAUAAUGUUAGUGUGAUCGUAAGGAAAAACCCUUCCGGAAGUAGUAUAGAUUUUCACUGUUUUAUGUCAAUUUCGACCCUGCGUUGGUCUCCAUUCUCCUGCUCAAUCAACGGAUGCAAUUCCAAUUUUUGGCUCGCUUUACAUUUAUCAAUGCUAGAUUAACAUAAAAGCGAAUGGUACAACAUACCUCUAAUUUACUAACGCGUAAUGUCACUUUUUUUUCGUCCUAUCGUAGUUCUGGCGCUUCUCCUCAAAGAAGGAACAUGUGAUUCAAGUAAGUCCCGUCUUCAAUACUCAAGCUAAGUGUUUUAGUGUUUGACACAACACGAUGAGAGAUCCUUAUAUGUAAAGAACGUUCUCACUUUAUGUCAGAGUACAUCCGGCAUGACCACCUGCUUUUCACCUGUGCAAGAAUAUUAAUAUAAUUUUAGUCAAUCAACAUUCAUGUUUUCCGCGAGAAACUCAAGGAAGAGUCUUGCUCAUUACAGCACGUGAUCAUUUCCUCAUGAUUGCGCAAUUGUCUCUCGAUAAUUAGAUUUAUUUUUUUGCUUAUCCAUAACAAGUGUGUUGUUUACAAUUUUUUAACAAUUUGCUUCCAGCUUGGACGUAUCGUUUUCCUCACGCUUGAAAAAUGCUAUACAACGAAUUUGACUGGCUCGCGGCUUUUUCGACCGGCCUGUGAAUGAAAAUUUAUUUCACGCCUUUUAGUGCGUAUUUCUCAUCAUGUAGAUAAGAAUUAUUUUCCUUUAUUGACGAGCGCAGAGGUUAACUGAAACCUGCUGGGGUAAAUGACGUUUAUCGAUACAGUUACACGUUGCCAAAACAGAUGGCAACAUUUAAUAUUAGAGAGAAUAAUACGUUGUUUCCACAUUUUUUUUGCAAAACAGUUUGUCCCAAUGGUUUAAUAAACAUCACUGCAUCUAGCGGCAGCCUCAUAUAUCCCUCGUCAGGUAAUUAUGGCGUGAAUGUGACAAAGUGUUGGAAAAUUGAAGUUCCCGACACAUAUGCAGCAAUUGGUUUUCGUUUUUACAAGUAAGUAUAUCGUCGGUAGCCAGCUAAAAAAUUCCACUCUCCAAAACAAACCUAGAAAAUUAUGGAAAAUAGACAAGAAAGGUUCCUCUGUUCUCAACCUGUCGCAUUCCUUUAAAAAAUACGAUAUAGAGUUUCAAAGCUUCAGAUAUUUUGAGGGUUAGCUUAUCGAGGAAUGUGCACAUUUGAUCUGAUGCAGACAAGGCGAGCACGCCUUGCACCUCUUUACUCGGUGAAGAUACCUGUAGAACCAAAGCAACAGCAAUAAAUUCAAGAGGAGUUUAAUUCUUGACGACUCGAUCGAACUCUUCUGCAUACACGUGAUUGCCAGUGGUUUCUAAACAAAGUGUUACGAACAUAAUACAUUACGGACGGAACAACUAAUUACAAGAUUGGAAAUCAAAUAGAAAACGCUAAUGGCAUAGGGAAUAGGAAACAGUCAACGAAAGAACAAAAUACAUGACGACUGGCAUAAGAACAUACUCGCGAUUGCAUUUUAAGUCGAGCUCACGCUUUUCAUUUGCAUAAUCCGCGCGAAAGUCAAACUCAUAUGGAUAACCGCGCGGACUGGGGCUGGGCGGGGAAUCACUUUCUACAACCUGAAUUAUUCCAUUUAUUAUCCACUGUAGUAAGUAGAGUACAAAUAACGCGAGAAUCAAGCGAAUUUGGACAGGUUGUUAUUUUGUGCUAUAAAAAAAACCUGCUUAACAGGUCGACUGCGCUUGCGACGUUCCGCUAUCUGGUUCGCUUAAUAGCUUAUUAGAUGUUUUGGUGCGUGGAAUUGCUAAAUAUUUGACUCGACUUUUGUAUUUUGACUCACCCUGCGGGCUCGUCAAUAUACGGCACAGCUCUUAAAAGUGCGCAGAUACUACACACCAAAACGGCUGAUGAGGUAUAGUCAUCAUUGUGUCACUAAGGUGUCGCUCAACUACAAAUCCCCCCCUACCAAUUUUCCCUAUCACGACGACUUUGCCUCAUCAAAUAAGACACUUUCGCGUGGUAAGUUUUAGUGGUUCGGAGGAUUUUUGGAAGAAUAACAUGGUUUUCAGGGCAACAGAGGGAGAAUCAGUCGUCGCUAACAGAGUAUAAAGGGAAGACUAAAUAAAAUUGACUGCCAGUGGGGGGGGGGGGGAAUCAUAAGAAUAAUGCAGAACAUUUAAGGGGUAAAUUUGCUUCAUGAGCGUGUAAUUUGAUCGGGAGGUAUGAAAACUUACAACAAUAACCUGGUUAAUAAAUGUGUUUUAUGAAAUUUUGUCUAAUUUCGGGUCUAUACGAGCGUCUAAGAUUAGGCGAGGCAUCUAGCUGUCUAGAUUUGGAACCGUAACGCCCGGAUAAAGUGGAAUAAAACCAGUUACUCAAAGACUGGCCUUUACACCACUCAUGCAUUGGCAUGUGUUUUAACAUAGCAACAAUUUGUAUUUUAAUUGAACUUUGUUUUUUGGGAUGAAUAGGUAAAAAUGGGGCACUCCUGUUGUGUUUAAUGAGCGAUCACGAGCUAAACUCUGCAGAUAAAUUGCCGUCAAUUUACAGUUCCCCCUUUAUACUGUUUCGACGACUCAUCUUCCUUUCAUUCCCCUGAAAACCAAAAAUCUAUCUCUUCCCUCCCCCCUAUCCCCAACCCCAUCGCCCCAUCGGCCAGUCAGGACGGCAACGCAAGGGAAGACUUGGAUUAAAAAAUACAUUUCUGCCUUUAAUUAGAAUUUCAAGAAUGGCUGCAUGUGUUUACCGUCUCAUACGGUGCCACACCUCAGCUUCCGCAUAACGUAUAAAAGAAGCGUUGAGUUCCAAAUGGAAAUUAAAAUAAUUUGCCGUCGCAGUUUCGGUUCGCGGAAGACGCAAAUUGUGGUGAUUUCACGUUGUUGUUUUGCAUGGGACGGCUAAAAAAUGUACAAAGUUUUAAAACGCACGCGCUAAGCUAUUGUUCUGUCAAUUAGAUCUUUUGUUUUUCCAUGUCCUCGUUGCCGUGGCCGUCGUGGUUUGCUUAAGGUCCCUGUUGAUUCGUGAGGGAAGGAAGCCAGGUUAACUGUUUGUGCAAUUUUUUUAUCAGGUUUGACUUGGAAAGAUGCGAGAAUUGCAAAUGUGAUCAUUUUCAGAGUGGUGUCACCUACAAUAAUUUAGAUGUGCAAUCCAAAUCAUGUGGACGAUACAGUUUCAAUUAUUUAUACGAGUAUCUCUGGUUCGUCGAUUGGAGCGGUGGGAUUGCCUCUAGUGUUUCGGGAUCGACUGCCUACAUCCGUUUCGUGUCAGAUGGUACUGAACAUUACAGUGGAUUCAAUCUCACCUUUAUUGCUGGCUCCAGCGCUGGUGAGUAGUAAAUUUACAAAAAAAUCACACUAACUAACUAGCUAACCAAAAAGUGCACAAUUGAGCAACUGCAAACAAAGAUGAAAGUAAAUAUACUGUACAACAACAAGAAACAAAAAAUGUAUUUGCGCAAGAAGCUAUGAAUAAUUGACGCGCACAAAAUAGCUCGAUGCAAAUGAAUAUUGGGGUUCCGCUACUUACAUGCAGUGUCAUAAUCAGGCUGAAAAAAGAGUGGGAAUGAGUAAGAGUUACAGUAAAAACCUCCAUAGCUCAUGGUCACAGUCCACUUCCUAAACACAAGCGAGGAGAAUUGGAACUAGCACAAUAAGUUAUGGGGCUGACUUGAAGACGUUCGCGAAAAUAAUGUAAAGAAAUUCCCAACGUUUCCUCUGUUUUCUUGUUGUUGUUGCUGUUGUAUUUUAAACAUGUUUAAGUAGAGUCCUUUUAAACACCGAAAGGAGUUUCUGUUAGGGAAUAUAGAGGUCACUACUUUCUCAAAUGAAGAUAAAAAAAACCAAAACAAGCAUUUCUUCAUUUUUUCUAACUUUCAAACUGUAAAAAGCUACUAAAUAAAGGAGGUAAGUUUCUAAACAAACUGUUGUGCUGCGUCGGUGGGGAAGAAUAACAGGAUAAUUUGAUAAUAAAAAACUAAAUCUACUUUGCAGAAGGAGACGUAAACUAUCUGAAUGCCACCGAAGACGAAACUAUUACGUUUGGUACACCAAAGGCUGGCGCCGAUGAUUACCCUUCAAAUUACAAAGAACAAUGGUUUUUAAUUGUUCCUGAAGGAAGGCAGGUCCAGAUAGACUUUGUCUCGUUCAAUCUGGAGGACAGCACGGACUGCCAAAAUGACUAUGUUGAGUUCCGUGAUGCGCACGUUGUGCUUGGUGAUCCUAAAUCAAUAUCUGGUGAGUACGGUCCAAUUCUGACCAACCGCCUGUGUGGAAGUACAAAACCGAGCUCGAUACAGAGUCAAGGGAACAUCGUUUGGGUUCAGUUCAAGAGUAACAGGAACUCUACCACAGUGUACAAGGGAUUCAAAGCAACCUUUAAAGCAGGUGAAGUAUAAAAACCUCUCGUGGCGACGGGACUUCUCUCGGGACUGCUUGCGAUACUUUUUGGAGUUAGCCUUCAAGAGGGCUCUCCUAUUAAAGUGUCGCUGUGGUACAUUCUCGCUUUCUCGCGGCUGCAAAAGAAGAUGUUUCUCAACGUCACAUAUCAGCCUCUGCUGACCUCUUAAAGACAUCAUCAAACUUUGACAGUGAAUUCCCCCACCCCUUCCCCCUCCCCUCCCCUUCGACCCCAUUUAGGGUUGAUUCUGAAGGUGGGGAGUCCUUUUCGAGCCAUAUCAAUCGUAAAUAUUACGUUUGUGGCUUGUAUGUUUUCCCAAGGAUUGAGUAGACACCGCAAAAGUUUUCCAGGUGGGAGAAGUUUCCGUCACCAACUCGGCUAUUUCUAGAUUCUCCCGGCUUUUUUGAAAUAGGAAGUAAGCUAGAGAAGGAUGCGAACCGUGUUUUCAUCGCUUGACUCGACUUGCUCCAUUUCCUCAGCGUCAAAUAAUUGCAAUAGAGAGCUUUAGAACCGUGUUUUUUACUAAAUCAGUGCGUGUGACGUACUGCAAACCGUUAGGAGUCACGUGACCAAACUGCAGCGGUUUUGAAACUUCUAAAUUCUAACCUCUAACCACUAACCACGUUUUGAUGUUUACGGUUAACACACCGAACAUAAAUCUGAAACUCUCUAAUGACGUGUUGAGCAGGAACUUCAGUAGCAGAAAUGACUCACCUUAGAAAGUGUUAAAAGAAUUACACUCUAACUUUUUCUCAUUGUCUUGACUUUUACAGGCCAAGGAAGAUUAUUUGUUUCCAGCCCCUUACUCUGCUCUUCCUCUCCGUUUUGCUUGUGGUCGCAUCAAAGAACAGCGUGUUGUAAUUUCAUUAACUGA